CGUAGUCAGCUGCCUAAUCGGCUGACAAGGACAGACCCGAUCGAACUGAGCCUACCGAGCAAGGCAAGAAAGAAGAGGAGAGAGAGACAUCGCAGGGAGCAUGGCUGCCGUGAUGAGAGCUCAAGACCCUAUGGUCUCACUCUUCGAGCCGUCGAUUCAACAUCCGGAUUCGAACGUCUCCUUUCUGUCGUUCUCAGCGCUGGCCGACUUCGAUCUGCAACAGGAAGGACUGGCCGUUCAUAAUAAUACUUGGCCAGGAGCCCAAAACUGGAAGAUGGGCGACUUACCCGUGUACCAGACCACGCAGGCCCCGGAGGCCUUCGAACUCAAUGAUUACUAUUCAUUGGAUUCGCCCCAGAGUUGCCUCGCCGUUACGCCCUCGGAACACUCUACUCCAUCCCAUCUCACAUGCGACGCUGGCUCGAUCGCACCUCCUCCUCAACAUCGCGCUUCCAACCCCAUCAUUCACGACCCCUCAGUUUACAACGACUUUAACGGCGGUGCCGACGAUCAGCACAUAUUCUCCUCUGGAGGAUGUUCGUCUUUGUCGCUCAACAGCAAGGCAUCACACGCAUCCUUCGCCUCAUCAGCCUCUGGGAACAGCGACUACCUCUUGACGCCUAGGCAUUCCUUGGCGUCAAAUCCCCAAUGUUGGGGUUCUAUGAGUCUGCCUUCGGGUUCUCCUUCACAAUACCCAGAACAAUGGUCAACGACCCCUAGCGUCAAAAGUGGAGGGCAGCAGGCUUGCCAGUCAAUCUGGCCUACGGAAAGUAUGGGUGACAUGAUCCCCUUGACCGAUUACGUCAACUACGUAGGAGAGGACGACGGGAACGUCCAGUAUGUUCCUCCGCAACUGUCGUAUCGAGGCAGUGUUUCGUCAAGGCGACAAUCUGGAUCGCUCCCGCCUAUCAGCGGCCGGAACUUGUCGUCAACGUACGAUGUGGUGCAGACGGAGGGUUCUAUGCGAUGCGAGAACGGCAUCGCGGCCUCUCAGCCUUCACUAUUGCCUGCUGCGUCCAUUGUGGGCAAUGUGCAGGGAUGGCAAUCCAGUUCACCGACCUAUCCCUCAUUGCUGGACUACGAGGAGGCUGCCAACGGGCGUGGGCAUUUCGGUGAACCGAUCGCAUAUCCCGCGGUACCUCGGUCCGCGCCUAAGGCUGGUCCUUCCGGUCUGGCGAGCGCAUAUCUUUCGGUCCCACAAAACAUGUCGUUGCGAAGGUUAGUUCAAGCGAAUGGAACCUUGGUGCCACAACACCGCUGAUUGUCCAAAACCGCCCUUUUUAGAUCGCGGUCUUCUGAUAGCGUCGCUCGCCAUUCCGCUGCGCGGACCAAGACGCUGUUCGCCUUUCACCCAGUCGAUGAAACCCUUCAGCAUGCCGGU